ACGCGCAACUGACGGUUUUAUUCCAGAACCGGCAAGCAAGAUCUGUGACAGCAGAACCAUCACAUCAACACCAACAUGUCUGAUAUCAAAGUAGGAAUCAAUGGAUUUGGUCGUAUUGGCCGUCUCGUUCUGCGUGCUGCAGUGGCAAAAGGUGUCAGCGUUGUUGCAGUCAACGAUCCCUUUAUUGAAUUGGAAUACAUGGUAUAUAUGUUAAAGUACGAUUCCACACACGGAAAAUUCCCACACUCCAUUGAAUGUGACAAAGACAACCAAAAACUUAUCGUCAAUGGACAACCAAUCUCUGUCUUCAAUGAGCGUGACCCCGGUAAUAUCGCCUGGGCUGGAGCAGGUGCCGAGUAUGUUGUAGAAUCCACAGGGGUCUUCACAACAUUAGAAAAGGCUGGUGCACACAAGAAAGGAGGUGCCAAGAAGGUUAUCAUUUCUGCACCAUCUGCAGAUGCACCUAUGUUUGUCAUGGGUGUCAACCACAAAAAAUAUGAUAAGAGCAGCAUGGACAUUGUCAGCAAUGCUUCCUGUACUACCAACUGCCUGGCUCCUCUUGCCAAGGUGAUCAAUGACAGUUUCGGUAUCACAGAGGGUCUGAUGACCACAGUACAUGCCAUUACUGCCACACAGAAAACUGUGGAUGGACCCAGUGGCAAGGAUUGGCGUAGUGGCCGUGGAUGCUUCCAGAGUAUCAUUCCAGCCUCCACAGGUGCUGCCAAGGCUGUUGGCAAGGUCAUUCCAGAACUUAAUGGAAAGUUGACUGGUAUGGCUUUCCGUGUACCAGUGCCUGAUGUGUCUGUUGUUGACUUGACCUGCCGAUUGACUAAACCUGCUUCCUACGAUGUAAUCAAAGCUGCCAUCAAAGCAGCCUCUGAGGAAGGCGAUUUGAAGGGAUUCCUGGGCUAUACCGAGGACAAAGUAGUAUCACAGGACUUCUGUGGAGAUGCAAGAAGCAGCAUCUUCGAUGCUCUUGCUGGAAUUGCCCUCAAUGACAACUUUGUGAAAUUAAUCUCCUGGUAUGACAACGAGUUUGGAUACAGUUGCCGUGUCAUCGAUCUGAUUACACACAUGCACAAUGCAUAAAAUCAUAAUAGACGCUGAUACAGUCUGGUUAACAUAUACGUGAAAAACAACUUCAAGCUGGCAUUACUUUACUUCAGUAUUUUUGGCAUUGUCCUCUGUAACAAUAUACUGGGAGAAGAUCCCCAAAAGUUUACUACUUCGCAUUUAACAUCUGCUUAUGGAUACCUCGUUACUGAUUUCCCCUUGAAAUCCAGCUUAUUUAUUUUGUAUAUCACUCCUUCAUUGUAGUUUUUAAGUUGCUGCAAAGCAAUCUGGUACUUAUAAUGUACUGGACUCCGACAUAUGGUUUAUUUGAACAUUUUCUUGUUCAACAUCACCAUUGUAUCAGUUGGCCAUGAAGACUUCUUUUGACAGUGUAUCUCCCCUAUAUACAGUAAGUGCUAGUUUAAAAAGUUUUGAUUUUUAUGUCAUGUUUUUGAGAUUAAACAUUAAAGUAUGUUAGAAGUGUUUUACACUUGAGGUAAUAACUGUUGAGGGCUCUGGUUUCCCAACAUGUUCUGGUGUAUAUUGGUGUUGAAAAUAAAAUGAUCUGUCACAG